AUGGCCGGAGGCGACUCUUUCCGAUAUCGAACCAUCUUAGAAGUCGCAGCCAUAGCGGCGGUCAUAUACUUCUUUCUCGCAACGCCAAAUCUCUCAACUCCAGGAUCUAAUGCCGAGAAUGUUGCAUCGCCAGCAGUUCCAAAAGCUAGAGCGAAAGUCGAGAAUUUGGUCUAUCCUUCGAAAACUCUGAAGUGCGAAAGACAUGAUUAUUCAACGCAUAUAUUCUCCACCAGUCCGCUUGUAAUCUAUGUUGAGGGGUUUUUGAGCGGUGAGGAAGCGGAGCAUUUGGUUGCGUUGAGCGAAGACCGAUGGAAUGUUUCCACAGUCGUGAAUCAAGGCGUUGAAGGAAUCGACGACAAAGUUCGGAAGUCUGAAAAAGCUUCGAUUCCAAGAGACCAUGUUGUGCAGUGCAUAGAGCAGCGUGCAUUAUCUUUUCAAGGCUGGCCGAAAGAUACUUUCAUCGAAAGACUUUGGACUCAGCGGUACAAUGUUUCUGGGCAUUACUCGUUACAUUACGACUGGGCUUCCUCGACCAAGACUUCGAGGAGAGUGAGUUCAUUUAUGGUGUAUGCGAAGGAUGAAUGUCGUGGUGGAGGGACGAAUUUCCCGAGAUUAGAGAGGCCGAAGGAUGAGAGAUGGUGUGAGAAUGGGUUUGUGGAGUGUGGGGUGGAAAGUGGUGAGGGUGUCACGUUUAAGGCGAAGAAAGGCGCUGCGGUUUUUUGGAUGAAUUUUGAUGCGGAGGGAAGAGGCUAUAAGGAGACGAUUCAUGCUGGUAUGCCUGUUCUUGAAGGGCAGAAGAUCGGGUUGAAUAUCUGGAGUUGGUAUCAGGCUGGUCAUCAGCCGCCUGAAGAGGAGGUGGCAUGA